AUGAUGAACGCCAUAAAGAGCUUGAAUGUCGAGCGAACGACUUAUCCCAAGUAUCAGCAUAAUAUGCCCGAAUGUGAUCAAACGUUACCUACGGAACAGGCAACGGAAACAUUAAAUCAAGUUAAUAAACAACUUAUGAGUUUAUAUCAAAAUCAAACAUCUUCAACAUCAACAAAUUUAUCGCUGAAUGAAUCAACACCGUUUACUUUUUCACAAACAAAACAAAAAAUGUAUCAAGUACGACGAACUUUCUUAUUGAUUGUGACAUUUGAUUUAAUAUUUAUGAUUUUAUUAUGGAUUAUCUAUGAUCAGAUUCUUAAUCGUACAAUUAUCGAUGCUUUUCAUAUUGAGAUUGAACAUUACAGUAUAAAAACUUCAUUAUUUGAUGUUGUUGCAUUGUCUGCAUUACGUUUCAUUCUACUAAUGGUAUCGUAUGCUAUUAUGAAAUGGUCACAUUUGAUCUUUGUAGCUUUUACAACUUUGGGAUCAACAGGAUUUAUCAUAGCAAAGGCAUUGGUCUUUUCGAUUUCCAAGUCAGAUAAGGGAUUUACAGUAAAUGAACGUUCAUGGGAACGUCGACCACUAAUUAAUGAUAACUAUCCAUCAAAUUAUCGAUCAAUUACAACUCGGUCCAAUAGUGAUAGACAGUCAUUUUAUUCUCCAGUACCAUCUAUUGACGGAAGUGAACCAGAUAAUGACAGAACUGAAAAUUUUAGAAAUGUUUUAACUGAUACCGAGACAUCUGUUAUUGGUACACCUAUGUCCAUUGAUUUUGAAUCACAAGAAGAUUAUGAAAAAUGUGCAGACGAUACAAUUGAAGAACUUUGGAAAAUAUUUAAAGAUACAGAAGGAUGGUCUCUAGAAUUAAAAAGUAGUGAUGGAGAACACAUUGUUGUAUCAAAAAUUUAUCCCAAAUGGUCUAAAGUAUUUAAAUUGACGCUAACAUCAGAACAAGCGCAUGGUGUUGUCGCUAAACGAGAUUUUGUAAAUUUGACAGUAAAACGAUUUAUCGAUGAUGUGGCUGUCUUAGGUGCACAGGCAUGUCUUCAUCCAAAUGCUCCACCAAAAGAUAAUUGUGUUCGGGGUGAGAAUGGGCCAACUGCGUAUAUUAUAGAGAAAAUUGAUAAUUCAAAUUCUAAAUUUACGUGGAUAUUAAAUGUUGAUUUAAAAGGUUGGUUACCACAAUAUAUCAUCAACCAAUCAUUAGCAUCUGCUCAAAUUGACGUAGUUGAAUCAUUACGAAAACGUGUAUCUAAAAGAAACGAUAUUUCUUCGAUACAAACAACAACGUCAUCUUGA